UCCAACAACAUGUCGUUAACUAUUGAAAAACAAAUUGAACUAUUGUUAGCUGGAAAUCCAUUAGAAAUUGAUGAUACGCACGAACCUAGCCAUGCCGUCCAAAAUGAUAUACUAGGAAUAAAAACUUCUAAUUAUGUUCCAAUUUGUCAAAAAACUGUAACAUACAUUGUUGCUGCUGUUGUCAUAAAUGAGCAAGGAGAUAUUUUAAUGAUUCAAGAAGCCAAAGCUUCUUGUAAUGGGAAAUGGUAUUUACCUGCUGGUCGAGUUGAUCCCAAUGAAAAUUUAUUAGAUGCUGUUAAAAGAGAAGUUCUGGAGGAAACAGGUCUUAUAUUGAAGCCAGAAACAUUGAUACUUAUUGAAUGUGCAACUGGUUCAUGGUUUCGAUUUGUUUUUACUGGCAAAAUAACUGGUGGUAAAUUAAAAACAUUAGAUGAAGCGAAUGAAGAAUCAUUGCAGGCACGCUGGGUAGAUAAUAUAAAUGACCUGACACUAAGAGCAAACGAUAUCAUUCCUCUGAUAGAAAGGGGAUAUUCUUAUACUAUGAACAAAGAUACUCUACAUCAUUCAAAUUUAAUUCCAGUUAGUAAACCAUUAAACAAAUUAUUAUUGAGGCUUGUAAUUACUUCAAAGAAGAGAGCAACGAAUAAAUUACAUGUUCUUGUAUCAGAUACAACACCAGUUCAUUUGCCAAUUUGUGAAAUUAAUCCAAGUCGUAGUCUUCUCUCUACUUUACACAACUUCAUGGAAGAACUGUUCGGUAGUGGAGUUGCACAGCAUAGGCCGCACGGUAUAUUUUCCGUAGAAUUCAGUGGAGGACAAGGAGGAGAUGGACUUCGUUUGACAUUACUAGUAUCAUUCAAGCUGCCUGUAGAAGAUGUUCCUACAAUUGGAACAUACAUUUGGCAUGAAUUACUUGAAAAUACAGCUGCGAAUAUAUCUAACCGUCUUCCACGAAAUAUGACUGUGCCUUUAAAUGUUAUACGAUAA